AUGCCUCAAAAGUUGAAAGUUGCAGUUGCCCAGGCUCGCACUGGUCCUACUCUCGCGGCGACCCUUGCCUCGCUUGAGAAAAUCACACACCAUGCAGCUUCACAGGGGGUGAGCAUUUUACUCUUCCCUGAAGCCUAUCUAGGUGGUUAUCCUCGUACUUGCGAUUUCGGAACUGCUGUCGGCGCCCGUGCACCUCAUGGUCGCGAGCAAUUUUUCCGCUACUUCCAGGAUGCAGUGGAUCUCGGCGAUACCCCCGCUGAAGCGGGAGACGAUUGGGUUGAGCGUAAGCUUCCGGUUGCGAAGGGAUCUGAUCGCCGCGGAGAUGGAACAAGAGAAUUUCUUGAAAAGGUAUCACGGGAGACUGGUGUUUUCAUCGUCACUGGUGUGAUUGAAAAGGCCGGCGGGACCAUGUAUUGUUCGGCCAUUUAUGUGGACCCCUCAUCCGGGGCCGUUGGCAAGAGAAGAAAAGUCAUGCCGACUGGCUCGGAGCGUCUCGUUUGGGGUCAAGGCUCCGCGGCUUCGCUCAAAGCAAUCACUACUGUGCUGAAAGGAGUGAGGGUCACUCUUGCUGCUGCCAUUUGCUGGGAAAAUUUCAUGCCUCUACUGCGUCACAGUCUGUACUCCCAGAAUGUGAACAUCUACCUUGCGCCUACGGCCGACAGCCGUGACACUUGGCUGCCCCUUAUGCGUACCAUUGCUGGCGAAGGCCGUACGUUCGUAUUAUCAUGCAAUCAGUGUGUUCGCUACCGUGAGCUUCCGCCUUGGAUUACUGAUCAUGCCACGAAGGAGGGAACAGCAUUGGAAGGAGACCAGUACAUCUCCCGGGGCGGAUCUUGCAUCGUAGGCCCUCUUGGAGAAGUUCUUGCCGGCCCUAUUUGGGAGACCUGUGUUGAUGACACACUCGAGACAUCGGGUGCUGAUAUUUCCUCCGAUAAGGACGGCUUGUUGAUUCAUGAAAUUGAUCUCGAGGAUUGUGAGCGAGGAAAGUUUGAUAUGGACGUGGCUGGAAGCUAUUCAAGAAAUGAUGCUUUUAAGCUGACAGUAGAAGGCUUGGACUUGAGUCCCCCGCCAUAUUAA